AUGAAGGUACCAGUAGAGGCUGUAGCAGUGUGGGGGAAAAUAGCUCCCUCUCACAGCAUCACUGCUAUUAUGAUUGCAGAUGACCAGCAGACUAUAGUUACAGGAAGUCAAGAAGGACAAAUAUGUCUCUGGGAGCUUUCAUCAGAAUUAAAGAUUUCAUCUAAAGAAAUUCUCUUUGGCCAUAGUGCUUCUGUAACUUGUUUGGCAAAAGCAAGAGAGUUUGAGAAACAGCCAUAUGUAGUAAGUGCUGCUGAUAAUGGGGAGAUGUGUGUUUGGAAUGUCAUUAGUGGACAGUGCAUUGAGAACGCAAAGCUUCCUUAUAACCAUACAGCAAUCUGUUAUUACCACUGCUCAUUCCGAAUGACAGGUGAAGGCUGGCUGCUUUGUUGUGGAGAGUAUCAAGAUGUCCUUAUUGUUGAUGCUAAGACUUUAGAUGUUCUUCACACUUUAUCAUCAUCUGAGUAUUCUGACUGGAUACGUUGUAUGUGUAUCGUGCACUCUGCAAGGAUUCAAGAAGACUCAUUGGUUGCAGUGUCUGUAACUGGAGUUCUUAAAGUAUGGGGCUUGUCUUCAGCUUUGAACAGCAUACAGGAGAGACAAAGUGUGUGUGAGAAGGAAUCAAAAUCUCUGGACUGUGUAAAUUGCCGAGUGGUGCGGUUUUGUACUUACACUGAAAGGUUCCUUCUGCUUGUGUCUUCCACAUGCUGGCAGGUCUAUGAUUAUUGUGAUUUCUCUUUGCUUUGUAUGGAGUUCUGUGAAAGUGGGCAGUACUUUGCUGGUGGGGAAGUGCUGGCAGCUUACAGACUGAUCAUCUGGACAGUGGAUGGCCACAGCUACAUCUACCAGCUGCUUAACAGCGGGCCUUCUAAAAGCUCAUAUCCAGCUGAUGGGAAGGUGCUGAAAGAAACUGUUUAUCCUCAUUUACUCUGCUUUACUGAUCUGAAGGAAUAUGAGAGUUUUCCUUUUGUCAUGGGCUUCGUGAAUGAAAGAAAGGAGCCUUUCUAUAAGCUUCUCUUUUCUGGUGAAGGUUCAGGAAGGAUCACCCUGUGGCAUGUUCCUGAUGUCCCUGUCUCAACAUUUGAUGGUUCACCAAAAGAAAUCCCAAUUACAGCAAAAUGGACUCUUCAGGAUAAUUUUGAUAAAUACCAUUCAGUGUCGGAGGGCAUUAUUGAUCAUCUUUGUGCAUCUAAUGAUGGGAUCGAAAAUGCAGCCAUUACUUCUUCUGUGUACAUACCCAGUCUUGAUAAGCUUGUGUGUGGAUGUGAAAAUGGGAAAAUUUUUGUAACACCAGGUUUAAAAACUACAAAAGCAAUACUUUUACAAAACACAGCUUUGCUGAAAGAUAAUCUACCUUAUAAGGUUCUGAAUGGUCACAGGAGCAGCGUCACUUGUUUACUUUAUCCACAUGAUAAAUCAGUAAGAUAUGAUCCAAGCUGGCUGCUAUCAGCGGGUCAGGAUUCAGUUGUGAUCUGCUGGGAUAUAUUUACUGGAGGCAUUUUAUACCAGUUUAAUUUCUACUCUGGUCCAGUGAUAGAGCUCUUGCGAUCUCCAGAAAGCUUCAGAUUAAAAGAUCACAGCCUGGUGUGCUGUGUGUGCAGUGAUCACUCAGUAGCAAUUCUAGACCUUCAAAAGAGAGUUUGUCUCUUAGAAGCCAGAAGACAUCUAUUCCCUGUGAAGACGAUAAAAUUGAAACCUCUUGCAAAUCAGCUGAUUGUUGGAUGUGAAGAUGAUUCAGUUUAUGUAUGGGAUAUUGAAACAGGCGUUCUGGACUGUUACGUCACAGGUAAAACUGCAAAAGCAAUUCUUGCUUGCACUGAAGAUUCAGAAUUCUUCGUGCCAGAUGCUCUACUUCCUGUAUUCCAAGAAUCAGAAAGAAAUAAAAAUGCUGGAUACAAACCAUCUAGCUCUUAUAAGCAUGGCAUGAGCUUUUACAGUCUAACUCACAAAGAAAAAUCUUCAGAGAAGUUAACCGAUACAAGCUGCAUCCUACAGCCCUCUUCUAUUUUACCAGUUAAAUCAAAAUGGAACAAUGCAGUCUUUCAUAUUCUCUUAUUUGAUCUGGAAAAACUUGAAGAACUUCUGCUGUCAUCUCAACUCGAUGGAUUAAAGUCAUCAAAUUCAUCCCACAACUACCAUACUCUAGAAGGAGCCAAAAACAGUACUGAGAAAAGGGCACUGACAUUAAAAAGAGAGAAAACUGCUGGCUCCAUAUCUCCAGUGGAUGGGCAAGUAGAUGCUGUUUGUUCAAACCAGGUCUGCGAGGAUGCUAACAGUGCAGCUAGGCCUUGGGAAGAAAGUGGUGACAUGGAAAGACAGGAAAAAAUGAAGAGUUCAAGAAAGACACGAAUGAAGCCACCAGGAAACAUCGAUGUGAAUGUCACCAUUGACACAGCUAAACUGCUUCUGUCAUGUCUCUUACCAUGGGGUGUAGAUGAAGAAAUAGAUAAUUUUUGUGUUAGGCAUUUGGAUAUCUUGAGGCUUCAGUGUCCUGUUUCUUCUGGACUUGUGUCAAAUGAAAACUGCCUAUUACUAAUGUUGCCAGGGUGGAAUUGUACUGAUUGUGAUGUGCUAGAAGAACAUCCAGUGGUCAACUUGUUUUCAAAAAGAUUGCUUGAUUUGUCAAACAAGUACCUUGCUGCAACUGAAGCAACAAGUGGAAAGAAAGAAGGAUUGGAAACAGUAGUCUUCUUAUUAAGCAGAAUAGCUUUAGUCAACAGGAUAAUUAACAGGCCUUCAGCAGUUACAGAUGACAUUGAAAGUUCACAGAAAUCAGAAUCUAUACAAGACAAAUGGAGAAAUCUAGAAGCAUUCCCCAGUUUUCAUGGAGAGUUACCAAGCAGUAAAAGCAGGUAUCAUCCCCCAGACUUUGGGAAUGUUUCAUUGAGGAAACUCAUUUGUUGCUGGAGUGACCAGUCUAUAAAGAUUGCUGAGGCAAUGCAAGCGGUGCUGCUGGCAGAAGUUCAGAGGACUCUGAAUAGCUUGAGACAGACUGAAAUCUGCAGAGAGCCACUGGCCACAGUAGAGGAUGAAAAUGUCAGUGCUCUGAAGCAUGACAAGAGCUCAGACUCUGCAAACUUCCAGGAUGUGGAGGGUGCACCUGACAGAUAUGUCUUGGAAGAGUCUGAGAGCCCAGAUGACAUGAAACCACAUCCCUGGAUAUCUAAGGUGUGCUCCUGUAAGUUGUGUUAG